ACGACUGAGAAUUCUGUUUCUCCGCUGCUCGCUGAGCUCCCUUCCUCCCGUCUCUCUCGCAGAUUCUCAUUUCCGGUAUCCCCCUCGUUGUAGAAACCCUAAAACCAAUUCAACUGAAAGAUAAUAGGUUAAGACAAAAAAAGAAGAGGAACGAAUGGCGCUGGUGAGCGCCGAUCCUACCCUAACCCUAACCUCGGAUUCCCCGUCGGAAGGAGGAGAAACAGAACAUCUGCCGCCGUCGCCUUCCGUCCCCGACUCUUCACCCGGAUCAUUGUCCCCUGAUUGCAGCCAUGCUGCAGAUCGCGUGGCCGAUGAUGAUCCUUCAUUGCCCGAGAGGACAUCAGAGGAGCCUGCGUCGCUCUCGCGGAACUCGUCGAGCUCGUCGCUUAAGAAGCUCAACGCUGAGGCGCCUGAGUUUGUGCCCCGGGCAUCGUCGGGAUCACCGUUGUCGUCGAACUGUGGCACCUUCGUCCCGCAGCAGCAGCCGAUCCCCCGGAUGAUCAGAGUGAUCCCGCAGGUGCACCCUGUGCAGAUCUAUCCGAUGCAGAAUUCCCCGGUGCACCAUCCGGGGCAUGGUCAUCCACAAUUUUUUGGAUAUCCUGCCGCAGGAGCGCAUGAAAUGGCAGCUCCAGUUGUUGCGGAGUCCAAUUCAAGGGAUGGAUUGACGGAAGAACUCGCUCACAGAAUCGUAAAACAGGUGGAGUAUUACUUCAGUGAUGCAAAUAUAGCUACUAAUGAUCAUUUGCUUAGAUUCAUCAGCAAGGACCCUGAAGGUUAUGUGCCUAUGUCAGUCGUUGCAUCUUUUAAGAAAAUAAGGGCUCUUAUCAGUAGCCAGCCCAUACUUGCUGAUGCUCUGAGAACAUCUUCGAUGCUUGUGGUGAGUGAGGAUGGCAAGAAGGUUAGACGCGUAAAUCCGCUAUCAGAUGCUGAUAUUGAAGAUUUGCAGUCACGUACUGUUGUUGUUGAAAACUUGCCUGAAGAUCAUUCUCACCCAAAUCUGGAGAAGAUUUUUUCUAUUGCUGGAAGUGUAAAGAGUGUUCGCAUUUGUCAUCCUCAGCAUUCCAACGGUGCAUCUGCUUCUGCUCAAUCUAGAUCCCCUAAAAUGGGCACUCUUGUUAGCAAUAAGCUGCAUGCAUUUGUGGAGUUUGAGACAGUUGAGCAAGCAGAGAAAGCAGUUUCCGAGCUAAAUGAUGAAAGAAAUUGGAGAAGUGGCCUCAGGGUCCGGAUGCUUCUCAGGCGCACGGUGAAACCAUUGGCUCCCACUCGUGCAAGAAAGGCAGCUCAUGAUGGUGAAUAUAACAAUACAGAGGAAGAUCUCUUAACAGCUGAGCAUGAUUAUGAUGAUAAGCAUCUGGAAGAUCAAUCCAAUUUGCUUGACCACCAAAUAGAUCAAAUGGGGGAUGAAGUUCAUAUUGACAAGGAAGGUGGUGGGAAAAGAGGAAAGGGUCGUGGUCGUGGCAAAGGCCGAGGUCGAGGUAAUGCUCAGUAUCACAACCGUGUGAGUCACCCUGUUGGAACGCCACCUUCAAAUGCCAGCCAUUUCCAGAAUGAGCACCCUGCAUCAGCCAAACAUCCACCUGGGCCGAGGAUGCCAGAUGGGACACGAGGUUUUACGAUGGGACGAGGAAAGCCAGUGACCGCUGCUACUGAAUGAUGACACAUUCAUGCAUUUGGUUGCAUAAAUUUGAUCAGUGGACACAAGGCAGGCAGUGCCAUUGUGUGUGCCGCGCAUAUGCAUGCAUGCAUUUUCUUUAUUUUCUUUUCUAAUAGCCUGGUUUUAGAAGGCUAUCUACACACACUAGUCUUGCUUUAUUGCGAGUCGGAUGCUGUUUAUCCUUUUUGAGGUUUGCGCGUUUUGUGAGAUUACGAGGGAUUUGGUGGGAUUCCUUAGGAGGCAGGCAGGAAGAGGAUGCACUUCUUAUACUUGAUGUACAAAUUAGACGAAAGUGCAUUUUUUUUUUCUUUUCUUUUUCUUAAUCAUAUGUAUAUCUAUGCGAGGAAACUUCAGAUUAGCCAAAGGAAAAAGCAGAUUGAUUGUAGUGGGACAAAGGAGAAUCGGCUUGGUUACUUUGCUU